CUGCACUGCAGCUAACAUGGCCAAGAGAAGUGUGGUUAAAACGACUGUGAAAAGUAUUUCUUUCUUUUCCAAACCAUGGGAUGAAAGCGAUGUAGUAUUACGAGUUGAAGACGCGUUGAAAGAAGCCAUUGAACUGAAAGACGACAAAUACGAAGCAAUGAUUUCUUUUUUGAUGUUUUUAUAUCCAGCGAACAUGUUGGACGAACAUGAAGCCAUUCUUAACGACAAUAAUAUUCUUCAAGUUAUUGAACUUGCAGAUAAAUACGAAGCAAAAAAUCUCAUCAAACAGUGUAUGAAAAACGUAAGGAAAAUUCAGCCUAUAACAGCAAUGCAUCUCUUACCGUUUGCUGAGAGAAAUCAAUUGCCUCUUGAAGAAAUAAUUGAUGUCAUUAAAAAGCAUGUCUCAAUGGAUGAUCUAAACAACUUUUCACAAAAUUUGAGCAGCGAAGUUUUAGCCAUGGCAAUGUUAACUAAAGGUAAACAUUUGGAGGAUAUCAUAAAAAAGGCUCAAACGCAGAUCAAUGAAUUAGGAAGCGCAAUCAAAAUAAUCAGUCAAAAUCCAAAUUUAUCUGCAUACCAUAAUAAAAUUCUAAAAAGCUGUACACAAUAUGACCAAUCUCCUGGACUAUGUGACAUUAAUGACAUUGUAAAAUCUUUAAAAUAGGACUGUUUGUAAUUGUAACAAGUAAUGUAAUGAAGUAUCAACUCGUGAUCUGUUCUUGAAGUUUAAAGUAUUUUACUUGAUGUUCUGUUGACAAUCCAGUUAUUUCUUUUUCCAUGCUACGUAAUGCUGAUGCCAAAAAAAUUGAUACAAUAAAUUAGCCUGAGGAAAUGAUUUCUUAUAAAUCCAGUUGUGUUGGCUAGUUCAAUUAAAACCUACAAAAACUCAAA